GGUUUUAGCCUCAAGCACCUAGCAUGUUGUGUAACUCCCUCAAGGAACACUUCCUUGUGCUGGAUCAAAACUGCCCACCUAUCUGUGAGGUGCUUCAUCCCUGCAGUGGAAGCGAGGAGGAAGAAAGGUGAACACCUUUUCUCAAGCACUUGUGCUCUCCUCUGCCAGAAUCACUCAGAAUGCUUCCCGGGUGUAUAUUCUUGAUGAUUUUACUCAUUCUUCAGGUUAAAGAAAAGGUCAUCCUUGGAGUAGAGGGUCAACAACUGGUUCAUCCUAAAAAGCUUCCUCUGAUGCAGAAGCGAGAUAUUGGACACACCCAUGAUGAUGACAUAGAGGAAACAUAUGAAGAAGAAUUGAUGUAUGAAAUAAAACUAAAUAGAAAAACCUUAGUCCUUCAUCUUCUAAGAUCCAGGGAGUUCCUAGGCUCCAAUUACAGUGAAACAUUCUACUCCAUGAAAGGAGAAGCGUUCACCAGGCAUCUUCAGAUCAUGGAUCACUGUUUUUACCAAGGAUCCAUAGUACAUGAAUAUGAUUCAGCUGCCAGUAUCAGUACGUGUAAUGGUCUAAGGGGAUUCUUCAGAGUAAAUGACCAAAGAUACCUCAUUGAACCAGUGAAAUACUCAGAUGAGGGAGAACAUUUGGUGUUCAAAUAUAACCCGAGGGUGCCGUAUGUUGCUAAUUAUUCCUGUACAGAGCUUAAUUUUACCAGGAAAACUGUUCCAGGCGAUACUGAAUCUGAAGGAGACCCCAAAAUGAAAGCUAUCCAUAAUGAAAAGUACAUUGAAUUGUUCAUUGUUGCUGAUGAUACUGUGUAUCGCAGGAAUAGUCAUCCUCACAAUAAACUAAGGAACCGAAUUUGGGGAAUGGUCAAUUUUGUCAACAUGAUUUAUAAAACCUUAAACAUCCAUGUGACGUUGGUUGGCAUUGAAAUAUGGACACAUGAAGAUAAAAUAGAACUACAUUCAAAUAUAGAAACUACCUUAUUGCGUUUUUCAUCUUGGCAAGAAAGGAUCCUUAAAACAAGGAAGGAUUUUGAUCAUGUUGUAUUACUCAGUGGGAAGUGGAUUUACACACAUGUGCAAGGAAUUUCUUAUCCAGCGGGUAUGUGCCUGCCCUAUUAUUCGACCAGUAUCAUUAAGGAUCUUCUGCCUGACACAAACAUAAUUGCAAACAGAAUGGCACAUCAACUGGGGCAUAACCUUGGGAUGCAGCAUGAUGAGUUCCCAUGCACCUGUCCUUCAGGAAAAUGCGUGAUGGACAGUGAUGGAAGCAUUCCUGCACUGAAAUUCAGUAAAUGCAGCCAAAACCAAUACCACCAGUACCUGAAGGAUUAUAAGCCAACAUGCAUGCUCAACAUUCCAUUUCCUUGCAAUUUCGAUGAUUUCCAAUUUUGUGGAAACAAGAAGUUGGAUGAGGGUGAAGAGUGUGACUGUGGCCCUCCUCAGGAGUGUACCAAUCCUUGCUGUGAUGCACACACAUGUGUUUUGAAGCCAGGAUUUACUUGUGCAGAAGGAGAAUGCUGUGAAUCUUGUCAGAUAAAAAAAGCAGGGUCCAUAUGCAGACCAGCAGAAGAUGAAUGUGAUUUUCCUGAGAUGUGCACUGGCCACUCGCCUGCAUGUCCUAAGGACCAGUUCAGAGUUAAUGGAUUUCCUUGCAAGAACUCAGAAGGCUACUGCUUCAUGGGGAAAUGUCCCACUCGUAGGGAUCAGUGCUCUGAAUUAUUUGAUGAUGAGGCAACAGAGAGUCAUGAUAUCUGCUACAAGAUGAAUACAAAAGGAAAUAAAUUUGGGUACUGCAAAAACAAGGAAAACAGAUUUCUUCCCUGUGAGGAGAAAGAUGUCAGAUGUGGAAAGAUCUACUGCACUGGAGGGGAGCUUUCCUAUCUCCUUGGAGAAGACAAGACCUAUCACCUUAAGGAUCCCCAGCAAAAUGCUACUGUCAAAUGCAAAACCAUUUUUUUGUACCGUGAUUCUACAGACAUUGGCCUGGUGGCGUCAGGAACAAAAUGCGGAGAUGGAAUGGUGUGCAACAAUGGUGAAUGUCUAAACAUGGAAAAGGUCUAUAACUCAACCAAUUGCCCCUCUCAGUGCCAUGAAAAUCCUAUGGAUGACCAUGGACUCCAGUGCCACUGUGAGGAAGGACAGGCAACUGUAGCCUGGGAAGAAACCUUAAAUGUUACCAAUGUUGCCAUCUUGACUGUUGUGCUUGUCCUGGUUAUUGUCGGUAUCGGAGUUCUCAUACUAUUAAUUCGUUACCAAAAAUGUAUCAAGUUGAAGCAAGUUCAGAGCCCACCUAUAGAAACCCUGGGAGUGGAGAAUAAAGGAUACUUUGGUGAUGAGCAGCAGAUGAGGACUGAGCCAAUCCUGCCAGAAAUUCAUUUCCUAAAUCAGAGAACUCCAGAAUGCUUGGAAAGCCUGCCCACCAGUUUUUCAAGUCCCCACUACAUCACACUGAAACCUGCAAGUAAAGAUUCAAGAGGAAUCGCAGAUCCCAAUCAAAGUGCCAAGUGGUAG